CACGAAAACACCUCACCAAGCCUGUUAUUCACAGUCAACGUUUUACUUGCUUCGGGACAUUCAAUCUCGUAACAUCGUGAAAAUAUAUAUUGUUCAUAUUCAAAUAUACACUGUUGUGUUUGUGACGUUUGUUUAAUUGUUACUACUCAUAUGUCAAUAUUUAUUAUUUUAUAUUUAUAUAUUUUCUUUAUUGCAAAUUAAAACGUGUGGUUUUUUUUAUUUUUAAUUUAUAAUAAAGUGUGUUUAAAAAAAAAAAAAACAAAAUUAUAAUUCAUUUAUUGACUCAAUUAUUAACUAUAAUUAAAAAUUAUUUUUAUUUUAAUAAAAUUCUUCAAGUGUGUGGUGAAAGUAUAAAUUUUUUUUUUUUUUUAUUCUAUGGUAAAUAAGUGACAGUUUUUUUUUAUGUGAAGUGAUUUAUUUAUGAUUUUAACAAGUUGAUUUUUCUAUUAACUAAUUGUUUUUUUUUUUACUAUUGUUUAUUAUGACUCAUAUUUUGUGAUUAAAUAAAUAUAUAUUUAAAAAAAAAAUUAUAGAAAAAAUAAAAAAGUACGAAAUAUUAACAAAUGGAUUAAUUGUUGUUAUUUAAAUUGAUUUUUAUUUGUCAAUCAUUGUAUUGAUAUUUUAAUAAAGUGAUAAAUAUAACAGCCUUAAAAUUGAGCUGGACUUUCCACGUGCCGCCGGCAACUUUAUGAGAGCCGGCGGAAAUAUGUGCGACGGUAGUCCGACAUUUCAAGAAAGUUUGAGAAGCAUGCAGUGCCUUACUGUUGCAUCACCAUCUGGUAAUGUUGAAGUUGGACAAAUGUCUGUAACAUUAUCAGGUAAAAAACCACAAACUGAACAUAUUAAAAGACCAAUGAAUGCUUUUAUGGUAUGGUCACGUUUACAGCGUAGAAAAAUAGCUCAAGAUAAUCCAAAAAUGCACAACAGUGAAAUAUCAAAAAGACUCGGUGCUGAAUGGAAACUUUUACCAGAAAAUGAAAAACGUCCAUUCAUUGAUGAAGCUAAAAGAUUACGAACAGUUCACAUGAAAGAACAUCCAGAAUACAAAUACAGACCACGACGUAAACCAAAGACAUUGAGAAAAGAAGGAUAUCCAUAUAGUAUUCCAUAUGCCAGUGUCUCAAUGGAUGCUUUAAGAGCCGGUAUGGCUGGUGGAAUGGGACAGGCAGGUAUGAGUUCAUAUUAUGGACCAGCAGCAGCAUAUGGAUCACUAUCGGCAGCCAGCAUGGCUGCCGCUGCGGCUGCGGCUGCCCAACAGUCGGCGGCGGCAAUGUCCGCUGGUCUUGGAGCACCUGGCCAGGUGGUAAGUUCAAUGGAUGCUAUGAAAUAUUCAAUGGCUGAAGCUGAUAAAUAUCGUGCAGCAACAUAUAUGCCACCAAGUUCACUGGCCAUGAGUAUGUAUCCAGAUCCAAAAUAUCUCGAUUCAAGUCCAAAAUAUUUAGAACGUAAUUAUUUUGAUUCAGCAAAAGCAUAUUUUGAACAUUCAAAGCUAUAUCAAAAAUCAAUUGGUGAUUAUAAUCGUUCAAAUUAUGAUACAAAUAAAUUAUAUGAAGAUUCAAGUCCAGGUGGUGGUACAGCAAGAUCACCAUCAAUAUCUGAAUCACCAGAUUUACAUAAACAACAUAUUACAAAUGAUAGAACAAAUGAACAACAUAGUUCAUCAAAUACAAGUACAACAUCAUCAACAACACCAACAUCAUCAGCAGCAAGUCCUGGAGCAACAAAUUUACCAACUUAUUAUACAGGUAGUGGACAAACAAGUGGUUUAUUAUUACCACAAAUUAGUCAAUAUGGUGGCUAUCAACCAAAUCCAACAACUGCUAAUACACGACCAGUUACUGUUAUAUACUGACCCGAUAAAAAUAAACAUCAAACAGUCGUAAGCAAAUAUCAAUCGCCAAUUUAUUUACCCUAGAAAAUCAUAUAAUUUUUUUACGUUAUUUUAAAUUAAAUCUAAUAAAACAUUCAAGUUUUUCACGUAUAAAUUUAUUAUUUUUAAAAAAAAAUAUAUAUAUUUUCUUUUUUUUUUAUUUAAAUAAAUUUUUUUGGUAUGAUAUAAAUUUUCCUGCCAUUUUAAAAAUUAUAUAAAUGUAAAUAAUCAUUCAUUAUGUAGAUUUAACGUAUAUAAAUAUUAUAUUAUUAUUAUUUUUUUAUUAUAAAAUUAAACUCAGCAUAGAUAAAUAUUUGUUUAAAUUAAAAUUAAUUAUUGUUUUAAUUUUAUUUAAAUGCUGUCAAGUGAAUUUAUGUUGAUGGCUCUUCAAGUCUUCUUCUAUCAAUAAUGAUUAAAAGUCUAUAUAAAAAUAAUAACCGUGAAAAAAAUAUUUGCUCAUAGUCGUUGCAAUGGAAAAUAAAAAAAACUAAAAAAGAAAAAAAAAAAUACACAAACACAUAUAGAAUUAUUGUAAAUAAAUACGUGGUUAGUUUGUCAUGAAAACAUUAGGUUUUAUUUUUGCUGUAAAAUAUAGAAAAUAAAAAAAUAAAAUUGAUUAAUUUAAAAAAAAAAAGUAUCAAACAUAUAACAGUCCAAUGACGCAAAAAAUUUUGUUAUUAAACUUUUUUUUUUUUUGUCAAAAUGAAUUGAUGUAUUUGAUAGUGAUUAUUGUGAUCAUUUUGCUGAUUGUUUUUUUAAAAUCAGUAUCGAUUUAUUCACUCCAAUUAUUUGAUAAAACGAUGAGAUAAAAAAAAAAUGUAUUUAUUCAUGUUGUUUUUGAUGUUGUUAUCAGUGAUUGUUCAAUGAUGUGAAUGACACUGAAAAUAAACAACAAAUAUUGUUAUCAUUAUGCAUGC